AUGCCGUUGAUUAUGCUGACCGGAUACCCGUGCUCGGGCUUAUCCUACCGUGCCAAACAACUGGCCGAACUCCUCGAGACGACACAGAAUCAAGUCUUUGACGCCCUCGAGAACGACAAUAACACCAGCGAGCAGAGUAGCUCAAAUGCGAACCCGAAGCAGGAUCAGAAACGAUUCACCUUCCAUAUAGUGCCCUCGCACGAUCCUUCGCAUCCCCGAACCGUGUACGAUCACGCUCGCACCGAGAAAGAAGCACGAGCGGUAGCCUUUGCGCGAGUAAAGCGCGCAUUGGCCAAAGAUGCGUUUGUUAUCCUCGAUGGAAUGAAUUACAUCAAGGGUUAUCGCUACCAAUUAUGGUGUGAAGCAAAAGCCAUGGGCACCACGUGCUGUGUGGUCCAUGUCGGAACCCCAAUUGACAAAUGUGUGGCAAUCAAUAAUGCACGCUUACGCCGUCGUCAAUCCUCCCACCAAGACAGUCAACUACCCGAAACCUCAGAGGCAGUAGACGACCUCGCAGAGCCCGACAACGAGGAACCCUACCCAUCCGACCUGCACAAUAACCUGGUUUUCAGAUACGAAGAGCCAAGCACGCACAGUCGGUGGGAUAAGCCUUUAUUUACAGUCCCAUGGACAGAUCCUACUCCUCCAAUUGAAGAAAUAUGGACUGCCACAACAGGAAUCGCAAUAGAAAAGAACCCAACAACAUCACCGUCAUCAUCAGAAACAACACCACCACCGAAUUCACUAGCGGCCCUUCUCCAUACCAAUCCCAAUUCCCUGCCACCUUCUUCACUCUCGAACCCACCCCCUCGUCCAUCAGAUACAGCCAGCGUCGCAUUCACCGUUCGUUCCACCGCUCCAGGCAGCGGGGGCCGACUCGGCCGACCCCGAAUCCAGCCUCACCAGGCAACCGUCUUACCCGCGCAAACAGACCCAGGAGCGCUGUACGGAUUCGAAAAACGAACUUCAGCCAUCGUAACCGCCAUUCGGAACUUCACUUUAUCCAACCCGUCCGCUGAAGCGGCUCUUGCGCAACAAAUGUCCAAUUCUACCACCAUUCGUGCCGACGAGGCGGGCCUCUCUAUCCCCGUGCCCGAUGCUUCAAUCCCCGUCUUUAUACCGGCACAUGUCGUGCGGUCCGCGCCAACGGAUGAACUCGCCGGUGCUGGUGGCAUAUUGACUCUUCCGCGUCUACAGCGUUUGCGGCGCCAGUGGAUCAGUCAGAAUAGAACUUUUGUUGGAAUAGGUCAUAAGCAAAUACAGGGUGCUUUGGGUGUUGAUCAGAUUGGUGACGCGUUUGUUCGUUAUUUGAAUUUUGAAUUUGCAGGUGAUACUGCGGAAUAG